UUUGUUGUAAAGAAAAGACUUGUUAUGGCUGGAGUUGAAGUUCCUCGCAAUUUUCGACUUUUAGAGGAAUUAGAAGACGGACAAAAAGGCAAAGGUGACGGCAAUAUAUCUUGGGGACUUGAAGACGAUGAUGAUAUGGCGUUGUCUCGAUGGACUGGAAUGAUAAUUGGGCCGAGCAGGACACCUUAUGAAGGCAGAAUUUAUAAUUUGCGGGUUGAAUGUGGUCCAAAUUAUCCAAAGGAGCCGCCGAUUGUUCGAUUUACUACAAAAAUAAAUUUGAAUGGUGUUAGUCAGCAGAAUGGAUUGUUGGACAAACGUGUAGUUCCAUCAUUACGUCAGUGGAACAGUUCUUAUUCAAUAAAGACUGUGCUUGAAGACAUUCGAAGGCAUUUAAUGACUGCAAAGGAGAAUCAAAAGCUCUCACAACCGGCUGAGGGAACCGUCUUUUGA